CGCUCGACUCCGUACGACCUACAUAUCAACUUUGAAAUAAGAAGAACUUUUUACACUUUAUCACAUUCACUGCUUAGUUACAAACCACCUGCGAAGAGUCAUCAUGAGGCAAUACGUGUGGGUUUUUGUUGGAUUAGCCGCUCUUUGUUUGGUGGAAUCCAGAACGGUCCAGAAACGGGAAACCAUCGAUCCAGUACCACAUGCCACUUACGAUGACAUCUUCAGAGAUAAGAGAGCAGUGGAUGCAAAGUUCGGCGUAAAAAAUGCCAUUUUGGGAUUCGUCUUUAACAAAAUAAACUCGUUCAUCGAUCAGAAGACCCACUGGAUCGACCAGUUAGACCGUACCAACAUAGAAAAGAACCGCAUCCACGGUAUCGAACCACCGAAGGAUCCCGUUACCACACUCUCCGCCGCAAUUUCCACUUCGAUCGGUCAAAAAUUGCAGGCAGCCGGUCCGGUGCUGAGCGUGGUGGCUAGCAAACUGACCGGCGGCUCGUCCGGCGGCGGUCACACCGGAUUCAAUCUCGGAUCUAUUUUGGGCGGAAUCAGCGGACAUGGCGGCGCCGAAGCUACCGCUUCCGCCCAUGCUGCAUAAGUCGGUGGCUUAUCUUUUUCUACCUUCUAGAGAAUUUCGUUAGUUUGGCUUUGGAUGAGAAAUUUAUUUAUUUAUUAGUUAGACCGUCAAAAGUGUCCGAAGUUUAUUUAAGAUCGCAACAAAUGUCACCGAUCAAUUUUAAACGUGAUUCAAUUUAAAACACAGGACCCGUCAAAGUCUAGUCACAAAUUUCAUUCCAUUUCCCCGUUUACGAUUUGUUGUGAUCUAAUUUUUGGCUUUAAAAAUUUUUUAUU